CGUCUUUCCUUCGCUUCGCAAUCUCUUCCUUAGCAUGGAUGUGGCCUGGCCAGUCAGCAUCAUUUCCCCCGUGGGCUACUUCUCGUCAACUUGCGGGUACUGCCGCCCCAAAGAUGGACGGCCACGCUCCUCGUGUCCGAAAAGCAGUCGCUCCUUCGGCAUGUGGCUACACCAGCUCUCCCCUCUCGACUAUCAAGCCUUGUGCGACCAAGGGUGGCGAAGGAGCGGCAACUACGUGUAUAAGCCGGACUUGGAAAGGACGUGCUGCAAGCAGAUUAGUAUCAGACUAGAUGCCAGGAGAUUCGCGAUGUCCAAAGGGCAAGGGAGGAGGGUGAGGGCGGUGAUUCAGGCGCUGAGUGAGCGUGGGGAUGACGAGGUACAUAGGAUGGUGUGGGGAAAGGGGAAGGGGAAGGGGAAGUAUGCGCAGCCCAUUGAUCUAGAAGCUGUCUUCAAGGUCCUCGGCGGAGAGCAGGUCGAGCAACGGCCGGAGGCUGCAUUGCAGAACGCAGCUGCGAUGAACAGAUACCACGACCAACGCCGACAGCAAGCAGAGAAGCGACGUCGGUUAGCUAGAGAGGCAAAGACAACCUCUCUCAGUCCACCACACAUUCCACCAGUAGCCGGUCCUUCCAUCCUGGCCGGGCGCGACCUCACAUCACACCUCUACACGCAGCUGCUGCCCGCCUCCUCCACCGGAGAAAAGUACGCUCUCUUCCGUCGCUAUCAGAUGGCUAUACAUCGCGAAUCAGAAGAUGAGGUCAGCGAUCGCAAAGGAUUUGAGCGCUUUCUCUGCAAGAGCUCGCUGCGAACCACACCUGUGCAGGGUAAGACGAGGGGAGGCUCAGUGAUGAAGGACGCUAAUGGGGACCCAGUCGCGUAUGGGGCGUAUCACAUGGAAUGGCGACUACGCUCCUCUGGCUCAAGCUCAGGGCAGACCAAUGGCGAUGCACAUGGCCCUGCACCUGUCGACGAGCUGGUAGCAGUCGGUGUUCUCGACAUCCUUCCCAGCGCCCUGUCCUCAGUCUAUCUCUUCUACUCGCCCUCCCACGCCAACCUACAGCUGGGCCACCUCUCCGCUCUACGUGAGAUCGUGUUAGCACGCCAGCUUCACGCUUCUGGGCUGUUGACGCAGCCUAGAUACUAUAUGGGCUUCUACAUCGAGGACUGUGCGAAAAUGCGAUACAAGGCUGGAUUCAGGCCUAGUGAGGUCUUGGAUGUUGAUGCUGGUGGUGAAGGGAAAGCCAGGACAGAGUGGAGGGAGGUGAGCGAGGUGGUCGAGAGGAUCAGAGAGGGUCAGGCUUAUGGCUGGAGAGUAGCGUCGCCAUCAGCAGAAGACAGGCGUAUCAACGAGAAAGAGCAGGCAGCGGAGCAGCCCAAGGCCGGCUGCGAAGAACUCGAAACCUCCAGCAGCGAUGACAGCGGUGACGAUUCGGAUGAGGACGAAGACGACUUUCUGCCCUGCCCCUCACCACCUGGCAUACUCGAUCCUGCAAGCAUCACUCCCGCCCAAAUGGCUCGCACCGCCGUCCUUGAAGCUUCGGCGCAGGAGGAAGGCGUCAAGCCUCUAAUGAUAGCCGGUCUAGGAGAUACGGAGCGACGCCAGGUCAUCGAGUGCGUGGCGGCUCUGGGCCUCGAGCUCGCGCAGCGAGUUGUCUUCUUCACUUGAUGCAGGAAGGCUGCGACUGCAUGCAAGUGACG